AUGACUAAUAUUAUUAUGUGCAUGAUUAAAUAUUAUAAUUUAAAUUUUUAUUUUGAAGUUAUUAUUCUUUGUUCUAUAUUAUUAUUAUUUUUAUUAUUAUUAUUAUUAUUAUUAUUAUUAUUAUUAUUAUUAUUAUUAUUAUUAUUAUUAUUAUUAUUAUUAUUAUUAUUAUUAUUUUUUUUUUAUGAUUUGAUAAAUCUUUUUUUUUNCCNUUUUUGNGUUUAG